GCGCGGGUUGGUCGCAAGGGCGGGAAGGAGCCAGGGGCGUGGCCGGGCGGAUGACUAUGGAAAGGGAGGACCCCCCCUACUGAAUAUUGAUGAGUAGAUGCAUAUUAAUGAGGCGUCCCGCUGAAUAUUAAUGAGGGGGUUGGAGGCGGUUGCAGGAGGCGGCGGCGGUUCACUCGCUCGCUUGCGGGGCUAACGGCCGGUCGGGUUCCCGCUGUCUCUCCGUGUCCCGGGGCUCCCCGUCCAGCUGGCAGACAUGUCGCGGCCGCUGACCGACAUGGAGCGGAGGAAGCAGAUCAGCGUGCGGGGGCUGGCGGGCGUCGAGAGCGUGGCCGACCUGAAGAAGAACUUCAACCGGCACCUGCACUUCACGCUGGUGAAGGACCGCAAUGUGGCGACGCCCCGCGACUACUACCAGGCGCUGGCCCACACCGUGCGGGACCACCUGGUCGGCAGGUGGAUCCGCACCCAGCAGUACUACUAUGAGAAGGACCCGAAGCGUAUCUACUACCUGUCGCUGGAGUUCUACAUGGGCCGCACACUGCAGAACACCAUGGUGAACCUGGGUCUACAGAGCAGCUGCGAUGAAGCCAUCUAUCAGCUUGGGCUGGACAUGGAAGAACUGGAAGAUAUCGAGGAAGAUGCGGGACUUGGGAAUGGAGGUCUGGGCAGGUUGGCAGCCUGCUUCCUGGACUCCAUGGCAACGCUGGGACUGGCCGCCUAUGGCUACGGAAUCCGGUACGAGUUUGGGAUCUUCAACCAGAAGAUCUCCAAUGGCUGGCAGGUGGAGGAAGCCGACGAUUGGCUGAGGUUCGGAAACCCCUGGGAGAAGUCACGCCCAGAGUACACCAUCCCCGUCAACUUCUACGGCCGGGUCGAGUAUACCCCCGAAGGGGUCAAGUGGGCGGACACACAGGUUGUUCUGGCUCUGCCGUACGAUACUCCGGUGCCGGGAUACAGGAACAACACCGUCAACACCAUGCGACUGUGGUCUGCCAAAGCUCCCAAUGAGUUUAAGCUGGAAGACUUCAAUGUCGGUGGCUACAUCCAGGCUGUGCUCGACAGGAACCUGGCUGAGAACAUCUCCCGAGUCCUCUACCCCAAUGACAACUUCUUCGAAGGGAAAGAGCUGCGGUUGAAGCAGGAGUACUUUGUGGUCGCCGCCACCCUGCAAGACAUCAUUCGCCGCUUCAAGUCCUCCAAGUUCGGCACCCGCGCUGCCGUCCGAACUACAUUCGAGGCUUUCCCUGAUAAGGUUGCCAUCCAGCUGAACGACACCCAUCCAGCACUGGCCAUCCCAGAGCUCAUGAGGAUCCUCGUUGACAUCGAACAUCUGAGUUGGGAGAAGGCUUGGGAAAUCACGAAACGCACCUGCGCCUACACCAACCACACAGUGCUGCCGGAAGCCCUGGAGCGCUGGCCCGUGCACCUCUUCGAGUCCCUGCUGCCGCGUCACCUGUCCAUCAUCUAUGAGAUCAACCGGAGGCACCUGGAGAACGUCUCCAAACUGUACCCGGGAGACCACGACCGCUUGCGUCGCAUGUCCCUGAUUGAAGAGGGAUCCAUAAAGAGGAUUAACAUGGCUCACCUGUGCAUUGUUGGUUCGCACGCUGUCAAUGGAGUUGCCCGCAUCCACUCCGAUAUCCUGAAAAAAACAAUCUUCAAGGAUUUCUACGAGCUUGAGCCCAACAAAUUCCAGAACAAGACCAACGGGAUCACUCCACGCCGCUGGCUGGUGCUCUGUAACUCAGGCCUUGCAGACGUCAUCGCUGAGAAAAUCGGUGAAGACUACAUCUGCGAUCUGGACCAGCUGAAGAAGCUGCUGGGGUUCGUUAAUGAUGAAGGAUUCAUCCGGGCUGUGGCUAAAGUCAAACAGGAGAAUAAGCUGAAGUUCUCGGCCUACCUGGAGAAGACGUACAAGGUGAAGAUCAACCCCAACUCCAUGUUCGACGUGCAGGUCAAGCGGAUCCACGAAUAUAAACGGCAGCUGCUCAACUGCCUGCACGUCAUCACCUUCUACAACCGGAUAAAGAGGGAGCCCAACAAGCAGUACACACCUCGCACAAUCAUGAUUGGAGGCAAGGCUGCGCCUGGAUAUCACAUGGCCAAACUCAUCAUCAGGCUCAUCACUGGCAUCGGAGACGUGGUGAACAAUGACCCCAUGGUGGGAGAUCGGCUGAAGGUUAUCUACCUGGAGAACUAUCGGGUGUCCCUGGCUGAGAAAGUGAUCCCAGCCUCUGACCUGUCCGAGCAGAUCUCCACAGCUGGCACCGAGGCGUCAGGCACGGGCAACAUGAAGUUCAUGCUGAACGGAGCACUGACCAUUGGAACCAUGGACGGAGCCAAUGUGGAGAUGGCCGAGGAGGCGGGCAUGGACAACUUCUUCAUCUUCGGCAUGCGGGUGGAUGAAGUGGAAGCCAUGGACAAGCAGGGAUACAACGCCUGGUCCUACUACGAGCGCAUCCCCGAGCUGAAACAAGCCAUCGACCAGAUCAAGAACGGGUUCUUCUCUCCCAAGGAGCCCCAUCUCUUCAAAGAAAUCGUCAACAUGCUGAUGCACCACGACAGGUUCAAGGUGUUUGCCGAUUAUGAGGAUUACAUCAAAUGCCAGGACCGUGUUAGCGCCCUAUACAUGAAUUCCAAGGAGUGGACCAAGAUGGUCAUCAAAAACAUCGCCGCCUCCGGGAAGUUCUCCAGCGAUAGGACCAUCGCCGAGUACGCCCAGCAGAUCUGGGGGGUGGAGCCGAGCAAACACAAGAUCCCGCCGCCCAGCGAGCCCCGGGAGUGAGGCUCCCUCCGCACGUCCCUCCUCUCCCGCCCCUGCCUCUCUCCCUCCUUCCCGACCCCCAGUCCCCGGAGCCACGGCGCCGGCUGGGGCGGUGCGAGUCGGAGGGUGGGGCUACCUCUCAGCCGUCUGUCUGACGUGACCCAGGCUUCGUUUCUUUUGGCUGUUGCAUGCUUUGAUGAUGUGAUCCCUGAAAUCCUUCAACCUGGCAGCCAGCCCACUGACCCAGGGAGGGAGCCCACAGAGAGGGCUCCCACCUCGUACUAGGGUGAACAGUUUCCUUCAGUCUCUCCCUCUCCCGCCCUCCCCCUUUUCUCUCCCCAUCUCCUUUGCUCUCUCCCUCAGCCCUCCUUCACCUCUUCUCCCCCUCCCUCUCCCUCCCUCCACUCCCCACCCCCAGACCAAAGAACGGUGCAGUAAGUGGUCGGCGGACUGAGUGAGUUUCCCCAGCCACUGGCCGUCCCUGUCCAUGGACGAAGCCAGCUUCCCCUGGGCUCCGGGUGUGGGCCAGCGGGCAGAAGCCGAGUCCGCUCUGCCCGGUGCUCCACACCCCCGCUUCCCUGCAGUUUCCAGCGGACUGCAGGCAAAGCCUGGUGGUUUGUAAGUGCCAGGUGGUUUCUUUUAAAGACGCGGGUCACUAGGGGAUGGGGAACAUUUGCCUCCGCAAUGCUUGCAGCUGCCGCCUCCCACUGCCCCCUUUCCACAACCCCAACUUAACCUAUUGAACUUGCUCCAGUCAGUUAAAUCUUCCCCCGUGUGCAGCUAAUGUGUGAGUAACUUAUUUUAAGUGUAAAUAUUGACAUUAAACGGGUAUUAAAUUUAA